AUGAGGGCGCUUUGCACCGCAUGGAGAGGCAUUCCCAGACAUGGUUUGCGCAGAGCUCGGUGGCAACUUGGAAGCACCUUCUCAACAGAAGCAGCCGCACUGGAUGCGUAUUCACAGGUGGUCACCAAUGUGGUCGACACUGUUGGACCGGCAGUUGUGGCCGUGAAGCACAGGGAUGGCAAAGGACAAGGUAGUGGCUUUGUCUUCAGCUCUGAUGGCUACAUCGUCACCAACGACCACGUUUUGGGUGAUGCCGGCUCGGAGAUCGUGGUGUCCUUAACCGAUGACACGGUCCUCCAGGCGGAAUUGGUGGGUCGGGAUCCACCGACGGAUAUUGGCAUCGUUCGAAUUCCUUCCAGAGGCAGGUCCUUGCCAUCAGUGGAGCUUGGAGAUUCCGCGAAGCUGCGCGUUGGACAGCUGGUGGUGGCGAUUGGCAACCCGCUGGGCUAUGCCAACUCAGUGAGUGCAGGGGUGGUCUCUGCCCUGGGUCGAUCCCUGCGCUCGCAAUCGGGCAGAUUGAUCGACAACAUCAUCCAGACGGACACCGCCAUCAACCCCGGCAACUCGGGGGGGCCCCUUGGUGGACUCCCACGGCCGCGCGGUGGGCGUCAACACCGCCAUCAUCUCUGGGACCCAAGGACUGGCCUUUGCCGUGCCUUCCAACACCUUGUCCUUCGUCGUCUCGCAACUCAUGCAGUUCGGCCGCGUGAAGCGCGGCUACUUCGGCAUCGUGGGUGGCUCCCGGGCGAUGCACCGGCAGUUGCAGCAACAACAUGGGCUGAUGCCCACGGCAGUGCAGGUGGCGGCCCUUGA